AUGGAGUCCUCAACGCCUCAAGUGGACGACAUGGCACAGCAUGAAGCCCCAACCAAGAAAAGACGGCCUACAGAGAAACGCAAACUCCAGAACAGGAUUGCUCAGAGAAAAUACCGUGAAAACUUAAAGAGUCGUCUUGAAACCCUGGAGCGUCAAGCAGCUGAGAUAGCAGAUCAACAGAAUACCACUGUCCCUGAGCCUGAAAGCAGAUUUCAGCCUCAAGUAAAUGACCCACCCGCCAGCGCGCUCGAAGAGAACAGCUUCGAUUUCCUCCUCGACAUAGAUCCCGAGAAUGACGCAAAUUCAUUCCUUCCUACCGAUUCUGAGGCUUUUGAAAUUCCCAACUACCCUGUAUUUCCAAAUAUGGAGAGCAUCUUCGAUAAUCCGGUAGAAGCCGAAUCCUCCACUCCUUCAAAAGAUAGAGAUAAUGGCAACCCCAGUGCACCUACACCUCUUGAUGCUGAGUUCGAAUAUGAUUUUUAUAUCAAUCAACUCUCGAACGAAAAUCCCCUUCCAAGCGAUCCCCCGAACCAAUUCAGCCAAGUCAGAGAAAGGCCCGGCUAUAGUCCUUGGGGUCCCGGCCACGUGUGGUCUGGCGGAAAAUCUCCUGCAAAGACCAUCGACAAUUUUGUUCGCAUGACACCAGAUGCAGGAACAAUAAGCAAAAUGACAAUCAAACCUCCUAACAGACCUCCUGCUUCAGACGGAAGCUUAGAAGCUUGUAUAAAAUUGGCCCCAACUUUCGCCUCCGAACUUGUUCGCCAACUCCGCCUUGACGAUUCAAAGGAGAACCACUCACUCGUCAGAACGGCCAUAGCACGUGGGUACAAUAUCAGAGACGUGUUUCUUGCUGGCCUCUCCUCAUUAGAUAAACAAGAAACUCUCCGACCUCGGAAAGGCUUCGAUCUGUACAACAACACGCUGACCCUAGUCCCAACCUCUACGCUACAAGCAUAUCUUUCCAACGCUAUGGCGAUGAAGUUGCCUAUUCACGGAUUGAAAAACGAAACUUUUCAAUCACCUUUCUAUCAGCCCGAAGCUCUAGCGGCGGGAAAUAUGGCUGCGCUUGAAGCAAUCUGGAAUGAAAUUCCGAAAGCGUUACGACCGACUCGAGGACAGAUCACAGUACCACAUCAUCCAUGGAUGGACAUGAUACCAUUUCCAACUCUACGAGACAGAGCUCUUACCCUGAGUGCAUUGAACCCACCCAUCAUAGACAUCGAUGAUUUCAAGAACGAUGUUUUCAUGAACUGUGGCAUGUUUUGCUGGCGCACCGGAGGCACUGGAGGAUCUGGUCAACCUUGGGAUAUGCGGAGCUGGGAGGCAGAACCGUGGUUUCUCAAGAAAUGGUGGAUACUUGUUGGUGGCGAGACGGGAGAGGUCUGGGAACAGACUCAGUGGUGGAGAGCAUUGAGAGGCAAGUCAAAGGUGGAGAUGGAUGGAGCUGCGAAAUGA